CUUGCUUCCACCUAUACACAUAUACCAUAGACAAUUCGUUAAUUACGUGAACGAUUGGAUACUCGGGCAACCGCGCUUCUUUGGGAGUGGUAAUGUGUCGAACCAAUCUACUGCGUUCUUGCGAUCAUUGACUUCGUCCAUUGGUCUAUCCUUUGUCAACCAAUCAUCGAAAAACCAGUGAGGAUCCCUUUUGUAAGUUUACGAUUUUCAACAAAUAUUUUGCCGACAGAAAUGAGAAUGUUUAAUUUUUACAAUAUUUUUCUAAGUAUUGGCUUUGGUGUGAAUUUUUGUGUGCUGUCUGAUGAAAUUACGUGAGGAGCAGCCAUUUUGGUUACGUUGCGUUGUCCUCGCUGCUAUGACGUGUAUCUAUAUUAUCUGGCAUGAAUUUUACACUUUUAGUGCCUACUUAACUUGAUAAUGCAGUAAGUUAUCAUGGAGCAUGCACAGAUUCAGAGUUCAGAUGGGACGCAGGUCAUGACCAUCAAUGGUCAACAGCUACAGGUUCUACAGAUGAACCACUCCCCUCACGUGAUACAGGGUCCUAAUGGCCAGCAAAUUGUGGUACAUGCUAUACCGUCUACUGCUCCCACUAUUCAGGUGGCUACUCCUAAUGGGCAGCAGAUACAACAACUUCAAGUGCUACCAAUAUCAAGCCUUCAAGGUGCAAGUAGUAACAUACAGCCUAUGCAGCUUGUUCAAACACCAGAUGGACAGACAUUUUUAUAUUCACCUACAGCAAGUGCUCAGCCCACUAUAGAGCAAACCCAGCUCUUACAUCAGCCUACAGGUGCGAUGAUAAAUUUAUCCGGAAACUUGGUGCAAGUGACAGGUGUGAGUAAUACAGUCCAACAGCAGCAGGUCAUCAAUCAGCCGAACAUUGUUAUGUAUAACAACAGUAACGCUGGCGCCGCUUCUUCAGAAGCUUGUUCCUCCACGGCGGGCUCGGACGAGGAGCCGCUUCUGUAUGUGAACGCGAGACAAUACAAACGCAUCCUUAAACGCAGAGCAGCAAGGGCCAAAUUACACGAGCAGGGCAAGAUACCUAAGGAACGGCCUAAAUAUCUACAUGAGUCCAGACACAGACAUGCAAUGAACAGAAUAAGAGGGGAAGGUGGCAGAUUUCACUCCGGAAGUAGGAAAAACAUGGAUGAGGCUGGGCAAACUGCAGAAGAUAUAAAACAAGCUUUGGACGAUAUGAAGCCUGAUACAGUCUCCAUCACAAUCAUACAGGAAGAUGAAAGCCAAGAUCGUCCGACCAACCAGUGGCGGCGAUUGGCGCCCCACCAAUCAUUGCAGUCUACGUAACGCCUUCAAUUAAACAAGGAAACAUUACUACAUUUCCCCGAACUAAUUGUUACCCAGUGAAUAUACAAGUGUUAAAAUGGAAUUCGUAUCCGUGCAUUGGUAAACCUUAGAUUCUAUGUGAAAGUGUUAAAGUUUGCAGUUCUUGCAUAGAAGCAAGUGGUGGAACAUAGAAGACUAAUAUGGAUUACCACUACUGUAUUUUAGGUAUUUGCAUUGUCUUAUCAGGUAGCCUUUAAGGUUGAAUUAUUUUAAAUAUUUAGUACUCCAAAAUAAUCAAAGGGUAUGUGCAUGUGGUACAAACUUACGUUAGUGUAAUGGCGUCUAGAAAAUCGCUACAAAAAUUAAGAUACAUAAUUUUCUUUUAAUUAACAUGCAUUUUCACAAGUGAAAAAUUAUAAUGAUAACCAAGCAUAUGCCCUUUAAUCAAUAGGAUAAUUUCAUUGAAAAAGUAACUUUUAACACUAAUUGUGGGCCUUGAACAGAAUACUGGGACUUAGUGUUAGCUGUCUUGUUUGAAUUAUUUAUGUUUUCAAUUAAAUUUGUUAUUUAUAAUUUAC